GAGCACUAGAUGACAAUGACAACACAUGUUCACAGUCUGUGAAAAAAAUAAAAACAGAACAUUCUGAUGAAGCAAAAUCACUGGAACAUUGCAGUCAGGACCAAGACUCAAGUUGCAAUACAAGCAAAGUAAAGUGUGAACCAGAAAACCAUGAAAGUGAGAGGAAAAUUGAUCCAUCUUAUGUACAGAUUGUUGUCCCCAAGAAAGAACUGGAUCGAAGAAUUGCAGCCUUUCAACAACGCAAACGCCAGGAACUAGAUGUCUUAAAUGUACAAGAAUUUUGCACGUUAUCAGGAGGUGCCUCAACUAUGAGUUCUUGCGCUCGAACUUCAGCUGUUGUUCUUAGGUCAAAGGACUCUAAUAGUCAUUUGAAGUUGACCAAAGUAGUGAAUGAAUGGGGUCCUCAGACUAGGGGAAUCGAUCCAGGCUCAAAGCCCAUUGGUGUGGUGUCAGUGAAGGAGGAACAAAAAGGAAUGAUAAGAUCCCAUGGAAGUAGCACUGAUAACUUGCAGGAGCCAAGCUGUAACAUCAAACAAGAAAAUAAUUCUGAGUCCGUACAGUGCAAAGCAGAUUUAAUAGAUCAGCAUGGAGUGUUGCCAGAAGAUCUCCUUGAGUGAGAUAGACCUGCGCAUUCAUCAUCUGAAAAUGAAGCUGAAACAGCGACAGAUCAAACAGGUUAUUUGAAGAGUGCUUGAAGGUUACGCUGAGUUAUGUUUGAAGAGGAUAAUGCCGC